GAAGGAUCAGACAACCCACCAGUUGUUGCGGCUCUUUGGAGAGAGAAACUAUUUUACAGUGAGAGAGAGAGAGAGAGAGAGAGAGAGAGAGAUGGUGACUGCUAUGGAGAUGGGAUCUCAGUCUCUCACCAGCUCAAUCACUGCUGUUAUCACUUCCAACCACUGUGUUUGAUCAAUUGAACAACUUUGCUUCUUCUUCAUCUUCUUCUUCAGUAGGACUUCGAGAAUCAUUGCAGCAUAGUUAUCUUGUAGUUUUGUGCUCCUUAAAGAACCUCGAUGGCUUCCAGAUUUCCAUCUCAUCAGCUCAGCAAUGGGUUGUAUGUAUCAGGCCGGCCUGAGCAGCCAAAAGAGAGGACUCCCACAAUGAGCUCAACAGCUAUGCCCUAUACUGGUGGUGAUAUUAAGAAGUCAGGAGAGUUGGGAAAAAUGUUAAAUGUCCCUGAUGGUUCAAAGUCUAGGAAAUCUGGACACAUCAACAAUCCUCCUUCGAGGACUGGAUCGUUUGGAGGUGCUGUGUCACAUUCAGGACCUAUUUCAUCUAAUGCUGCGGGUCGUAGUGUUUAUACUUCAGGUCCUGUAUCUUCUGGUUCUGGUUCAGCUGCAUUAAAAAAGACAAAUUCUGGACCAUUGAACAAACAUGGGGAACCUAUGAAGAAAGUAUCUGGCCCUCAAUCAGGAGGAGCCACUCGCCAAAACUCUGGCCCUGUUCCAAAUCUUCCCACUACAGGCCUUUUAACAUCUGGGCCAAUUCAUUCUGGCCCUCAGAAUUCAUCUGGACCCCCUAAGAGAGUAUCUGGUAGUUUAGAAUCUAUGGGAUCAAUGAAAGUACCUGGUUCCGCUGUCGUUCACAAUCAGGCUGUCACUACCCUGAGCCAAGAUGAUGAGUUUUCCUUUAGGAGGAACUUUCCAAAGCCAGUACUUUGGUCUGUGAUACUGUUGUUCGUGAUGGGUUUCAUAGCUGGUGGUUUUAUUCUUGGAGCAGUUCAUAAUGCCGUUCUUCUCAUUGUUGUAGUGAUUCUCUUUGCCUUUGUUGUCGCAUUAUUCACUUGGAAUACUUGUUGGGGCAGAACAUCUGUCGUAAAUUUCAUUUCUAGUUAUCCAGAUGCUGAGCUUAGAAGUGCAAAAAAUGGUCAACUUGUGAAAGUUUCUGGGGUGGUUACUUGUGGUAAUGUGCCUCUCGAAUCAUCCUUCCGAAAAAUUCCUAGGUGUGUCUAUACAUCAACGAGUUUGUAUGAGUACCGAGGAUGGGGUUCGAAACCAGCAAACUCCACACAUCGUCGUUUUACUUGGGGAGUCAGAUCCUCAGAGAGGCAUGUGGUAGACUUCUACAUAUCAGACUUUCAGUCUGGCUUGAGAGCUUUGGUUAAGACUGGUUAUGGAGCAAGGGUGACUCCGUAUGUCGAUGACUCCUUCGUUGUUGAUGUGAACCCAACAAAUGAACACUUGUCUCCAGAGUUUGCCAAGUGGUUGAGGGAGAAAAAUCUUUCAAGCGAUGAGCGUACAAUGCGACUGAAAGAAGGGUACAUCAAGGAAGGUAGCACAGUUAGUGUGAUGGGAGUUGUACAAAGGAACGAUAAUGUACUCAUGAUCGUCCCUCCGCCAGAGCCAUUGACAACAGGUUGCCAAUAUAUGCAGUGUAUCUUUCCCUCUAAUCUUGAAGGAAUUGUUUUGAGAUGUGAAGACUCGUCCAAGAAUGAUGUGAUACCUGUUUAGUUUGAAUGUGCUCGUUAGAUUUUCCCGCGCUUGAUCUGUCAAGCAAUUUUUUGGGUCGCCGGUAUAAAAAUUUACUGUGGUAAUGGCGGCGGUGGCUGCUUUUGGUAGUUGUAAACGAAAAGGAGUGUGGUAAUUCGUUUAUGGUGAUGUUCCAAUUCACAUUUUCUUUUAGUUGGUGUAUAGCUUCUAGCAAUUCAUUUCUAUUAUCUUCUUUUUCUUUUUUUUUAGGUUUGAAAGCUUUUGCAAUGGGGUGUGAAUUUGAUGUAGUGGGGAAAUUUUAUGUGAUUUGAAACAUUGAGCAGACUCCAAAUACAUUAUAAAAAAAAAGAAGCAAAGUGUUAUAUAUUUCAUUACCUUGAA